CCAAUGGCCGGGCCGUAACCUGAAACCGCCGAAGCGGCAGCACAGCCUGCACGAUGGAGCCGCCUGACGACUACGAUCCGACGGGCGUUCCCAUUCCCGUGUAUGUGUACAAGUGUGACGCAUUGCGCGUUGGCCCAGUGUCAGACGUUGGAGCCGUGAACAUUGACGGUUCUCGAGUGACGAUAUCGCAACAAGGCAACAGCAGUGAGACCUUAACAGUCGACCACGUCUUCCAGAACGCAGACGAAGUCGACGUUAUAGAACAUGCACUCAACUCCCUUCUGACUGCCUGUGUUGAUGGCGUGAACGCCUGCUUGCUAUGCGGCGGCUCAUCCAACACGCUUCGAAGCACGUUCUUCCACGGUAGUGACAAAGCCCCUGCGCAUGCUGGUCUUGCCUUGACCAUGCUGCAACAUCUUCUGCUGCACCUCGCCGACAAACAUGGAAGUGGCGGGAACCCCUCGCCUCACACUCCUCGGUACUUUGUGCGUCUCUCGUUUGUUGAAUUUUACGAAGAAACGAUCACGGAUCUACUGGCCUCAAAACAAGGGCCAACAGGGUCGUCACCACCCAUGCUGGCGUUGCGGGAAGACGAAUACGCAGGCGUGGACUUUAAGAACGCCACCAAAGUCGGACCGAUUCAGUCGUCCAUGGACGUCCAGACGGCCGUUCAGGACGGGCGGCGGCGUCGACGCAGUGCUGCCACGUCACUUGGUCCAUCUACGGACUUCACCAGCGCCAUCUUUCGUAUUUACAUCAAGCAAGUGCCAACCUCGGAUGGCCCAGUGGUACUGUCCACGCUGGACAUUGUCGACUUGCCACCGUUCGAUCGACUGGCCAAGGUGCCGACAGCGGUGCGGCUCACGGAAGGUCCGCUGUUGAACAAGUCCUUGUACGCGUUCGAGUCGGUGUGCAAAGCCGCGGCGUCCGCCGCGUCCUUCCCGCCCUAUGACGCAUCCUUGUUGACGCGCUCAUUGCAGCAAGCCCUCGGCGGUGAUGCCUUGACCAAUGCACUGCUGUUUGUUGCCCCUAACGACCACGAAGGCGCCAAAGCCACGGGGCAAGUGGCGUCCAUGCUGCAGCGCAUGCGCACGUUUCCUCUUGCGCACUCGGAUGUUGUCCAAGGCUUGCGCCGCCGCCACCAUGCCGAGCGCAUGUACUGGAAGACCAAGGUGCCACAAAGCAACAGUACAUACCACGACACCAACGACGGGUCGCAGUCGACGUUGGCGCUAGUGCAAAAGGCGCACGAGUUGGAGGGGAAACUGCUGCAAGACAGCAUCGACAAGUCGAAAUUGAAAGACACGAUCGAUGGCCACGUCAAGGCCUUGAGCGAGUCUCGCGCCAAAGUCGCCGGGCUCGUCGAGGCGGAAGUGGGGCUGCGCAAACAAUUGCUGGACCGCGAGCGAGAGAAGCUCAGUCUGAGCAAAGCGCUGGUGGACUGCCAACUCGAACACAGCACGAUGCUCGAAGCUGUGGAAAAGGACAAGUUCGACCUCACGACCAAGUUGCUCAACGCCGAAAACGACCUCCUCGAGCUCCAAAUGCGGGAAGAGCAGCAUGACACUCUACUUCGCGCCGCCCAAGAUGCGGCCGCCGCCGCCACUGCCGACAAGAAGGAACUUGCGAUCGAGUUUGUCGCGCUCAAGGCCAACUUUGUGGCGGCCAACAAAGCGUUGCAGGCCAAGUCAGGCAAAGCUCAGCAACUUAGCGUCGAGUUGCUCACGUUGGUGAACCAGAAAACCCAGCUCGCAGCAGCCGUGGACGAUUUGGAAAAGGCCAAGGCGGACGGGCUGGAGCGAGAGCGAAAGCUGCGGGAAGCGAUGGACAAAGCAACAGUCCAAGAGCAAGCGCUGAUGGGGCUGGUCGCCGCAGAAAAGGCACGGGGGCAUUCAUUGUACGAGGAAAAGGUGGCGUUGGAGUUUCAGCUCAAAAGCCUGGCGGUGGAGGUGGAAGCCAGACAAGUGCAGUUUGAAAAGGCGGCGCAGGAGCAAGCGGUAGCUCACCAUGCACAAGUACACGCGUUAAAGCAAGCGGCGGAGGACCAAGUAGCUCGCAGUAUGGCCAAAGAGUCGUCACUGGAGGAGCGUAUCCGUGAAAUGGAAUGCAUGGCGCGUCAAUCCCGCCGGCAACUAGACGAUUUGGAACGGUCGUUGGCCAAGAGAUCGACGGAAGCUGCUGACCUCCGCACUGCCAUGGCUCGGGAAGCCGCCGAGAUGGAGGCCCAGACGGCGUCGUAUCGUUUGAGAUUAAACUCGUUGUUUGGGAACAAGCCGAUUACCACCGCCAGUGGGAACGAAGGGGAGGAAGCACCCGUGGCGGCAGCCAGGGCGGCGUGGACUCUGUCGUUUGAGACGAGGGAGCGGGAGCUCGUUGAGCGACUGGCGGCGUUGGAGGCGCGCCAGGCGUCGUGGGGCGGGCGCUACGAAGUGUUGUACCGCAGGACUAUGCAGUUACAGGGCAUCCUUGAUGACAACCAUGUGAAAGUCGACGACGCGCCUGGAGAUUUGGACAUGUGGAGUCAAGAGGCGGCGGCCGAGAGCGACGUGAGUGAUAUGGAGCGCCGUCGGAUGUUGGCCAAGGUGGAAGUAUGCACGCAGGAGCUGCGGCUGCAGCUGGAGAAGAACCUCCAGUCCGCGGAAACGUUCAACGGGAUGCUGGCCGCGAAGGAGCGGGACGUGGCGGCCGUCCGGACGCAGUUGGACGCGGCGAUCGCGUCUAGGGACCAGUUGCAGCUACAGAACGAGCGGCUCUUGGCGGACAAAAGUACCGACGAGACCAAGGACGAGAUGAAGCGAAUGCAGGAGAUGCUUGUGGCGCAACUGCAAGAACUCAAAGCCACCAUGCAAGCGCAGCCGGUGUCAUCUAAAGGGGAGAACGAUCAGGCAACCGAUAAACGACGCUCUGGCUACGACGAGAAUGGCCAGCAGUUGAGAGCCCAGAUCGCCAAGCUAGAAGAACGACUGCGAGGCAUCAAGGCUAGCCACAUGCAAACCGUGGAGGCCACGGAACGGCGCUGCGUCCAACUGUCGACCAAGACGAUCAUGCUCGAGGAAGAGGUCGUGGGGCUGAAGAACUUGCUCAAGGCAUCAACGAUGAAGUAUCAACGACGGCUCCGCGAAGUGACAGAAGCUCAAGGUGCUGCACGAGACACUUGAGAUUUAACACCCCAAAGGCACUUGUACUUAUUGCGGAAGUUAAAACUUAAAGACAGUUUCGGACGAGUAGUGGAGGUCCUUGAGGUAGCCUUCGACCUGGCCUUGGGUAAAAUCCUUGGCCUUGCCGCCCGAGACGGCAAGCAUGAACCCCGGCGGGCCGCACACGAGCACGAGGUUGUCGGCGGACGCACCAGGGAGGUGCUUCUCCAAGAUAUCCUUGGUGAUGUAGCCAGAGUAGCCGGUCCAUGACUCGGACGGCUUGCUCAGGACGUUGAUGACCUUGAACCCGGGGUAGAUUUGCUCGUACGACGCCAGCUCGUCACGGAGCAGGAUGUCCUCUUCAGUGUCGUUGGCGAAGAUGAGCGUCACGUCCGUGUUGUCCUCGGGGUUACGCAGGAUUUCCAAUGCCACUUGCAGCAUCGGCGUGAUGCCGCUGCCGCCCGCGACCAUCGCAAUGUGCUUGCGCGAGUUGGGUUUGUACGUGAACUUGAUGUUCGGGCCCUUGACGUCGAUGUGGUCGCCGGCCUUCAAACCCACGAGAUGCUUGCUCAUCGUACCCGUGGUGUAACCCUUGACGAUCAGCUCCAAGUGGCCCUUUUGCGAAUUCGCAGACGUCGGCGUGUACGCGCGGAUCACCGCCUUGCCGUUCAAGUGCGCCUUCGUGAGGAGGAACGACGCGACGGUCAAGCCGCUGGUCUGGUUCUCCUCCGGGAACUCCAGGCGCAGCUUGUGCGUGUUGUGGUUCAGCUGUUCGUUGCUGUACACACGGAACGACCGCCACUCGUUCGGGUUCAACGCGUGGUCGUUAGACGCCGUGGUGGUCGAGAACGACGACGCCAACAUCAACGCCGAUGCGCCGACGAGGACACCCAUGGAGGCCGAUGAGGUUUCGGCUGCACGAGGUUCCACGGCGAAUGCCAUCAAGGACGCUGGUUGCUUGCGCAGCGUGCGUUGGGUCAGCCGAACAAGCAUCAUCAUGUUGAGCCAGCCAAGGAAGGAAAAAUUCAGCAGUCACUUUAUUUUCUGUGGUGUCAAAUGCGGCGAUC